GGAGUCCAGACUUUGAUGGACACCGGCAGUACCCGAGCCUGGAAGGGUAUCAACCAGGAGAUGCUUAUGAACCGCCAUUGGUCCACGAGCUCCGUAUGGUCCCUCCAAGCGCUCUGCUGGCACCAGCGAUGCAGCGUCCGCCGUCUUGCGGCCCCGGCUCUUUGAGGAGCAAGUCCGAGUUGGAACUCUCGCGCCGCCUCAGUGAGAGUCUGGACAUGCAGGAACGAUUGGCCGCUGACAAUGCAGACCUUGACGUCAAAAGGUACAUUCUGUAUAAGGAGUUGAUGGUGAAAGAGCAGAGGUUGGAGACGGCGCGCGCGCAGGCGACCAGGUUGCAAGCGGAGCUGAAACUGUUAGCCAGGGACAAUGCUAGGUUGCAGACUGCAGUAAACAAGCAACCUAUUUCUGAGACUGUUGAGCACCCAGAGCAACCGGGACAGGACAACGCGGCGAGCGGCGAACCUGCUGAGAAUUACAACGAAUUGGUGAAACAACUGAGCGAGUUAGAAGAGCAAGUCCGAGUGGUGCAAGAGAUGGCGACCACCAAACACGCUGACGGCCUUUGCAGCGGGCGGCCUUGCGCGGGCGGCGGCGGCACCAACAUAUGCUUCGAGCCGCAGGCGGGCAUGCCACCGAUGCCUCCCACCCAUCGUGACUGUCACAAAUGCCCUCCAUGCCCCGCAUCCUGUAAUCCAGAUGCAGCACUGACCCCGGCAGAAAAGGAAGUUAUCCAACUUAAAGAGACGCUUCAAAAGUCUGAAGAUGAAUGCAAGAGCUACAUAGCAGAGUGCGCACUGCUCCGCUCUGAGGUGCUGAAACGGAAGGAGGAGGCGGAAACGGAGCGGUGCAUCGCCCGCGAGACUAAAGCUCGAUUGAGGAAACUGGAGAUGAAAUUCGAGGGUCUGACCCCGAAGACCAACAUGCAGGGACCGGUGGACAAGGCGUUUGAGAACGAAGUGAACGUGCAGAAUCUCAGGCAGAUGCUUCGCGAGGCAAACACAGAGAUCGACGAACAGCUGACCCUGAUCACCGAGAUGGAGAAACAGCUUCAGGACUAUCGUCUGAAGUACCUCCAAGCUCAGCAGCUAUCGGAAGAGCAGAAGAGGCAGCUGGCGUCGCUUGACGCCGAUAACGUCCGCAUAUCAGAACAGAUCAACUAUGAGAUCCAGCGCGUCAAGAUCAAGUUUCAAGAGAAACUCCAGGAGUUGACUCCCCUACCCAGGCUGCUUCAAGCCACACACAGUCAGCUGCGAGACGCUCAGCAGCAGCAAGCUCUAGCUGAACAUAGAGCCGAGCAGCUGGCCAGGGAACUCAUAUGUGCCAGGGAUAAGAUUUCUGUCCUGGAGUAUACUCUGAACAAGCCGGUGGAGAAAAAGCCGGGAACAGACCGCGUGGCUGAAGGCAAAUUGCUGGCUGCCACGCAGCAGCGGGUGUCGCAGCUCGCGGACGAAAACAACAAGUUGAAGGCCGAACUGGACAGAUCUAAGAACAGCGUCAUUCGUCUAGAAGAGUCUCUACUGGCAUGUGGCAACCGGUUCCAGGAGAAGAUCGAUGAGAACCAGAGACUGUUGGGCGAACAGCAGAAGAUAAAAGAAGAAGCGGAGAGAGCCAUCGCUCGUGCUAACCAGCGUACUGAAACUAUUCGGAAAUGCAUGCAGACGACCAUUGCAGAGAUAGAGAUGCAGCUUGCCGCAAGCAGGGCAAAGGUGGCCGCCGCAGACAAGGAACGGGAAGAGCUCCGCCUCAACAUGGAGAACCAAGUUACCCGGCUUCAAGACAACUGCGAGAUGGCGCAUCGGCGCGUGCGCGGGCUCGCCGGGCAGGUCGCCGCGCUGCGCAAGAUCGCGCCGGAAACGGACACGGUACCGGACUCCCGGCAGCCGUGCGUGUGCAAGGACUAUAUGGAGACGCUUGCUCCUGAAGCUAAAAAAUAAAUUUAGAUGUAUUUUAUUCACUA